UAUAACGUGAGGGACAAAACAAGUAAAGGGAUGCUUGAUGUUGAAAUUUUUGAAUUGUACAUGGAGGAUCUUUGGACGGGCAUACAUCCGGAAAAGAAGAGUGACUAUGCGUACCUUGAUUCGAUGUGGUUUGAUAUGUACAUCAUUGGGAAACAUAAAUCAAAAGUCCUUAAAUGGGUAAAAGCUAUGAAAAUAUUCACAAGAAGAUAUGUAUUUUUCCCCAUUGUUUAUUGGGGACAUUGGAGCCUCCUUGUUUUGUGUAAUUUUGGCGAGACAAACUACUUGGGUACUCCAAAGGGGCCACGCAUGCUACUGUUGGAUUCACUUAGAACAACACAGCCAAAGAGGUUGCCAUCUGUCAUCAACAGCUUCAUUAUUGAUAUUUUAAAAACAGAAGAGCGGGAAGAGAUAGGGCAUUUCACAAAUCAAGUCCAACUUGAGUUUCCUGAGGUUCCACAGCAAAGUGGAAAUGAUUGUGGUAUAUAUGUUCUGUAUUUUAUAUACUGUUUUCUCAAAUUCGAAAAAUUGGGAGAAGAUUUGAGCCAGCUG